GGGGGGGAGUGUACAGCAGCUCUCAUUCACUAAUGUGGAGAUCCCUGUUGAUGUUUCUGCCUCACUGAAUCCUGGAUCACAUCUGUGAGGGAAGCACGAGGGAAAGACAGAGAAGGCAAGAGGCAGACAGGGAAAGAGAAAGAGGCAGACAGAGAGCGACAGACGCUCAGAGGGAGUUUUGCAGCUGAAGUUAAAGCAGAGUUAUUAGGAAGCAGAAAAUGGGACCGGCUGUUACCUCGCUCGCUCUGCUGUGUUUAUGUUCUCUGGGUCUGUGUGUGCCUACAGGGACGGCCGACGCUACACCAGCACAGGCAUUCCAGCCAGAGGUGAAGAAGGCGAGGGGAGAUGUUCCUGAUAUUCUUCCAGAGCCGGAACCAGAGCCAACCAGCCCGGUGUCAGACUUUGAAACCUCAUACAACUAUGUCUUGUCCAGACUAGCCGGCAUGGACCAGGCGAUCCACAAGCUCAAUGUUGGUCACUACACCCUGGAUGUUAAAGUCAGCCAGCUGAUGGACCGUCUGUCCAGGAUGGAUGCUAAAGUCGGGGAACUGGAGGACAACAUCCGGGAGGUCUACCAGCACAGCAAGGACAACCGCAAGGAGACAGGAAGACUGGAAGGUUGCCAGAAGGGACGCAGGAUGGGAUACAAAUGUUAUCUUGUGUACAACAGCUACGAAGAUUACGCCGGAGCUGCCAGGAAGUGCCUCGAACGCGGUGGCCGCAUGGCGAUGCCCCGAGACCGCAAGGAGCAGGAAGCCCUCGCCGAUUACGUGAAGUCCUUCUUCCACCCGGGGAACUGGCCCGUCUGGCUGGGCAUCAACGACCUGCGAUCUGAGGGCAUGUACGUUUUCGACGACGGGACGAGGGUGUCGUACUUCCAGUGGCGCAAACACUUCCUGUCCAGCCAGCCGGACGGGGGGAGGCGGGAGAACUGUGUGGCGAUGUCGUCGGACGACGGCGACUGGUGGGAUCACUACUGCGAUCGGACCAUGAACUAUGUGUGCGAGUUCGAUGACAGGGUGGCACUUUAAGAUGAACUCUUUCAAGCUUUACUCUCUUCACCACCUUAAACUUUGACCUCCAGUUGUUUGUUAGAAAUAAAAUAACUUAUUUAGCUUUAAAUAAUUAUAAAUACCCAGUAUAAUUUCAUUUCUAUAUGCGAUUAUUGUGGCAGUGUUCGAGGAGUGUCAGUAUCUUGCAGGAUAAAAUGAAAAUAUUUCACGGUAUCUUCGUGAAACACGUCUCAAAUGCGCACAAACACAUGUAUUGCUAUUUAAGUUUAAGUACUGAGUAAGACUUCUUCAUCUGAUUAUGUCUAGUGUUAUAUUAUUCAUGCAGCUGCAGUGAUAUGAAUGUAAACCGGUCAGGACUCUGAUGUGAUUUCACACGUGGAUUCUUUCUAAAUAUUUCUUCAAACUUUCCAAAAAAGAAAAAAGGGGAAAAACCUGAAAUGUUUGGAGCCAGUUUCUUUAGAAUCAGCACAUACUGAACCUCGUGAAGACAUAAAUCAGUCUGUUUGGGGGUUUAACAGGAAUCAGGCAGCACUUCUUCUGUUACUUACUUAGAUCUUUGAAGAUAUCUUUACAAAAGCCUGGCACCGGUUGCGAAAGCCGUUAAACUGCUGAUUCUUCAACAUGUCCGGGCCAGAACACUUUUUAGAGUUUUAACCUCGCAUCUGAAUCCUCUUUAAAACGUCACAAAUGUCACUGUAUGUAAAUGUAUCUCGAGCCCUACAGUAUGUAAAAUGAGAAAGAUGUACA